AUGGCGACAAACAAUGUAGCGCAAGUGGUACUGGUUGAGGAAGAUGGCCUUCCUUGUGGGAACAGGGUGCAACCCUUUUCAACCCCCACAGCUAAUAUAGAACAAUGGGAAGUUGAUCAUGGAAAGAAGGAAAAAUCGCUUACUUUAGGAGAGAGGUUGGGUGUAGAGGAUCUAUACUCCUUGAAUGUUUGGCGGGCAUCCGUAGGAGAGUUACUCGGUUCAGCGGUUCUAGUGUUCAUGUUAGAUACGAUAGUCAUUUCAUCAUUCGAGACACAAACCAAAACGCCAAACAUGCUAAUGUCCAUCCUGAUUGGCAUCACGAUCACCAUCCUUCUGCUAGCGGUUUUCCCUAUAUCAGGCGGACACAUGAAUCCGGUUAUAUCAUUCUCAGCCGCCCUUGUUGGACUUAUUUCGCUCUCUCGGGCAUUUAUCUACAUAUGUGCACAAUGCGUUGGCGCUCUACUUGGUGCUCUAGCACUACAAGCUGUUGUGAGCCACACUAUUACACAAUCCUUUUCACUCGGUGGGUGCACCCUCACGGUUAUUGCACCCGGCCCUAAUGGCCCUGUGGUCACAGGGAUCGAGACGAGUCAAGCCCUAUGGCUCGAGAUCAUAUGUACAUUUAUCUUUCUUUUUGCUUCUAUUUGGUUAGCCUAUGACCAUCGUCAAGCCAAGGCUUUAGGUGUUCUUGUGGUUUUUUCAAUCAUUGGAACCAUUUUGGGGCUUCUAGUGUUCAUUUCAACAAGUUUGACUGGAAAGAAAGGUUAUGCGGGUGCAGGGAUGAACCCAGCAAGAUGUUUGGGACCAGCCAUGAUAAGAGGUGGUCAUUUAUGGAAUGGUCACUGGGUGUUCUGGGUUGGUCCUGCCAUCUCUUGUAUGGCGUUUUAUAUCUACACAAAGAUCAUUCCAAGUAAUCAUUUUCAUGCCAAUGGUUACCGACAUGACUUUUUCAAUGUUUUGAGAGCUUUGAUUUGAGUCGGUUUCUAUAUUUGUAUGUUCCGGGAUAUAUAUAAUAAGCUAUGUAAUAAUAUGAAAUGUAAUUUGU